GCGGGACGCUGACCCCGCCCCCUGUUGCUGCCAGUCUGCGCCGGGCGGCGGCGGCGGCGGAGCCCGCAACAUGGCGGCGGCACUCAGCUUCGGGCCCGAGCGGGAGGCCGAGCCGGCCAAGGAGGCGCGCGUCGUGGGCUCCGAGCUCGUGGACUCGUACACGGUUUAUAUCAUACAGGUUACUGAUGGCAACCAUGAGUGGACAAUCAAGCACCGUUACAGUGACUUUCAUGACCUACAUGAAAAGCUUGUUGCAGAGAGAAAGAUUGACAAAACUCUACUUCCGCCCAAAAAGAUAAUUGGAAAGAACUCCAGGAGCUUGGUGGAGAAGAGAGAGAAGGAUCUGGAGGUGUACCUCCAGACUCUCCUGGCCACCUUCCCCGACGUGGCUCCCAGGGUUUUGGCCCACUUCUUACAUUUUCACUUCUAUGAAAUAAAUGGUGUCACUGCGGCGCUAGCUGAAGAGCUCUUUGAAAAAGGAGAACAGCUUCUGGGAGCCGGUGAGGUCUUUGCCAUCAGGCCCUUACAGCUCUAUGCUGUCACUGAGCAGCUGCAACAAGGAAAGCCUACUUGUGCCAGCGGCGACGCCAAGACUGACCUUGGACACAUCCUAGACUUCACCUGCCGCCUUAAGUACCUUAAGGUUUCUGGCACAGAAGGACCUUUUGGGACCAGCAACAUUCAGGAGCAGCUCCUCCCCUUUGAUCUUUCUAUAUUCAAGUCUCUUCAUCAGGUGGAGAUAAGUCAUUGUGAUGCUAAGCAUAUCCGGGGGCUGGUCACCUCCAAGCCAACUUUAGCUACAAUGAGUGUCACAUUCUCAGCAACAUCUAUGAAGGAAGUCCUUGUUCCUGAAGCAUCAGAAUUUGAUGAGUGGGAGCCUGAAGGCGCAACCCUUGAAGGCCCUGUGACUGCUGUUAUCCCUACAUGGCAAGCAUUGACCACUCUAGACCUAAGCCACAACAGCAUCUCUGAGAUCGACGAAUCUGUGAAACUGAUCCCAAAGAUUGAGUACCUGGACCUGAGUCACAACGGAGUACUAGUUGUGGACAACCUACAGCACCUGUACAACCUCGUACACCUUGACCUGUCCUACAACAAACUCAGCUCCCUGGAAGGCGUGCACACCAAACUGGGCAAUGUCAAAACCCUAAACCUGGCAGGCAACUUCCUAGAGAGUCUGAGCGGCCUGCACAAACUCUACUCUCUGGUUAAUCUGGACCUCAGAGACAACAGGAUUGAGCAGUUGGAGGAGGUCAAGAGCAUAGGUAGCCUACCAUGUCUGGAGCGAGUGGCCUUGCUCAACAACCCUCUAAGCAUCAUCCCUGACUAUCGGACCAAAGUGCUCUCCCAGUUCGGAGAACGAGCCUCUGAGAUCUGUCUAGAUGAUGCAGCAACCACAGAGAAGGAGCUAGACACUGUGGAAGUGUUGAAAGCAAUUCAGAAAGCCAAGGAUGUCAAGUCCAAACUGAGCAAUUCAGAAAAGAAGGUUGAGGACUCCCGGCUCCCAGGCGCUCCCUGCAUCAGACCUAGCAGCUGCCCUCCAACUGCAGCUCCCACCUCAGCCUCCCUGCCUCAGCCCAUCCUCUCCAACCAAGGAAUCAUGUUUGUACAGGAAGAGGCCCUGGCCAGCAGCCUCUCAUCCACUGACAGUCUACCCCCGGAGGACCGUCCCAUUGCCCAAGACUGCUCUGACUCCUUGGAAUCUAUCCCCACAGGACAGGUGGCAGCUGAAGACUUGCGGGAUGUGCCAGGAGCAGUUGGUGGUGCAAGCCCAGAACAUUCGGAGCCAGAGGUCCAGGUGGUGCCUGGGUCAGGCCAGAUCAUCUUCCUGCCCUUCACUUGCAUUGGCUAUACAGCUACCAACCAGGACUUCAUCCAGCGCCUCAGCACACUGAUCCGCCAGGCCAUUGAACGGCAGCUCCCUGCCUGGAUUGAGGCUGCCAACCAAAGAGAGGAAGCCCAGGGUGAGCAGGGAGAGGAAGAGGAAGAAGAGGAAGAGGAGGAGGAUGUUGCUGAAAAUCGCUACUUUGAAAUGGGUCCCCCAGACACAGAGGAAGAAGAAGGCAAUGGCCAGGGAGAAGAGGAGGACGAGGAAGACGAGGAAGAUGAGGAGGCUGAGGAGGAGCGCCUGGCUCUGGAGUGGGCCCUGGGUGCUGACGAGGACUUCCUGCUGGAGCACAUCCGCAUCCUCAAGGUGCUGUGGUGCUUCCUGAUCCACGUGCAGGGCAGCAUCCGCCAGUUUGCCGCCUGCCUUGUGCUCACUGACUUUGGCAUCGCUGUCUUUGAGAUCCCACACCAAGAGUCACGAGGCAGCAGCCAACACAUCCUCUCAUCCCUGCGCUUCGUCUUCUGCUUUCCACAUGGCGACCUCACUGAGUUUGGCUUCCUCAUGCCAGAGCUGUGUCUGGUACUCAAGGUGCGGCACAGUGAGAACACACUCUUCAUCAUCUCUGAUGCUGCCAACUUGCAUGAAUUCCAUGCUGACCUGCGCUCCUGCUUUGCACCGCAGCACAUGGCCAUGCUGUGUAGCCCGAUCCUCUAUGGGAGCCACACCACCCUGCAGGAGUUUUUGCGCCAGCUGCUCACCUUCUACAAGGUGGAUGGUGGCUGUCAGGAGCGCAGCCAGGGUUGCUUCCCUGUCUACUUGGUCUACAGUGACAAGCGCAUGGUUCAGACAGCCGCUGGGGACUACUCAGGCAACAUUGAAUGGGCCAGCUGUACACUCUGCUCAGCAGUGCGGCGCUCCUGCUGUGCGCCCUCUGAGGCCGUCAAGUCUGCUGCCAUCCCCUACUGGCUGCUGCUCACUCCCCAGCAUCUCAAUGUCAUCAAGGCUGACUUCAACCCGAUGCCCAAUCGUGGUACCCACAACUGCCGCAACCGCAAUAGCUUCAAGCUUAGCCGAGUACCGCUCUCCACUGUGCUGCUGGACCCCACCCGCAGCUGCACCCAGCCACGGGGUGCCUUUGCUGAUGGCCAUGUGCUCGAGCUGCUGGUUGGCUACCGCUUUGUUACUGCCAUCUUUGUACUGCCCCAUGAGAAAUUCCACUUCCUGCGAAUCUACAAUCAGCUACGGGCCUCACUGCAGGACCUGAAGACUGUUGUCAUCUCCAAGACUCCUGCGGCUGGGCCAAGAUCCCAGAGCACUGUCAGGGAUGGCCAGCCUGCCAAGAGCAGGGCCAGUGAUGAGCAGCGACCACAGGAGACCCCGGCUCCAGCUCCGGGUGCAGUUCCGGCUCCAGCUCCGGCUUCAGCAGAGGCUCCAGCCCCAGUGGAGGCCCAACCACAGGCCCUGGCACAAGCUGAGGCCCCUGCCCAGUACCCAAGUGAGCGCCUGAUCCAGUCCACGUCUGAGGAGAAUCAGAUCCCCUCUCACUUGCCAGUCUGCCCGUCACUUCAUCACAUCGCCAGUCUUCAGGGGCGUGCCAUCAUUGAGCUCUUCCACAGCAGCAUCGCUGAGGUUGAGAACGAGGAGCUGAGGCACCUGCUGUGGUCAUCAGUUGUGUUCUACCAGAGCCCCGGGCUGGAAGUGACCGCCUGUGUGCUGCUCUCCACCAAGGCUGUGUACUUCGUGCUGCAUGACGGCCUCCGCCGCUACUUCUCAGAACCACUGCAGGAUUUCUGGCAUCAGAAAAACACGGACUAUAACAACAGUCCUUUCCACAUCUCUCAAUGCUUUGUGUUCAAGCUCAGUGACCUGCAGUCAGUCAAUGUUGGCCUUUUUGACCAGUACUUCCGGCUGACGGGCUCCUCCCCAACGCAGGUGGUCACAUGCUUGACUCGUGACAGCUACCUGACACACUGCUUCCUCCAGCACCUCAUGCUGGUGCUUUCCUCACUGGAACGCACACCCUCACCUGAGCCUGUUGACAAGGACUUCUACUCAGAAUUUGGUGACAAGAACACAGGAAAAAUGGAGAACUAUGAGCUGAUCCAUUCCAGCCGAGUCAAGUUCACCUACCCCAGUGAGGAAGAAGUUGGGGACCUGACCUAUAUCGUGGCACAGAAGAUGGCUGAUCCUGAAAAGGCUCCAGCCCUCAGCAUCUUAUUAUAUACACAGGCCUUCCAGGUGGUCACACCACAGCCUGGGCGGAGCAGGGGCCCACUGCGCCCCAAGACACUCUUGCUCACCAGUGCUGAGAUCUUUCUUCUGGAUGAAGACUACAUCCACUACCCAUUGCCUGAAUUUGCCAAAGAGCCACCACAGAGGGAUAGAUACCGGCUGGAUGAUGGCCGCCGUGUCCGGGAUUUGGACCGGGUGCUCAUGGGCUACCAUCCCUACCCACAGGCACUUACUCUUGUGUUUGAUGACUUGCAGGGUCACGAUCUCAUGGGCAAUGUUACCCUGAACCACUUUGGGGAGAUGCCAGGUGACCCUGGCAGGGCUGGCCAGGGCAGGGAGGUCCAGUGGCAGGUAUUUGUCCCCAGUGCUGAGAGCCGAGAAAAGCUCAUCUCACUGCUGGCACGGCAGUGGGAAGCCCUUUGUGGCAGGGAGCUGCCUGUGGAGCUCACCGGCUAAUGCACACCAUGACAGCCCUGGCCACCUGCCAUGUGCAGUCUAGUCUGGUGUCCAGAAGGGCAAGGAAGCAGGCCUCUGUGUUCUUUUUAAGGUGUUCUCCCCGCCCGCCCUAGGUUCCUGACAUUGAUUGCCCACAGCCCCCACACAGCUCCCACAGAGAAUGUGAACAUGUGUGUUGAGUUCAUUCUUCCUAAUGCUGGGAAGAAGUAUGCCAGCCCCUCCAGAGUGUCCUUGUGCUGUCAGCCUCCCUUGUGUCACCUGCUUCUGAAGUGGCAUGGCCAGGCACACAGCAUCAUUUUGUCUGUGAUUGUAAUGCUGAUGUUAACAUGUGGCUGGCGCUGUGAACCUAGUACCCUCCACGUCCUUUCCUGAAGUGUUAAGUCCAGUCCCUUGUUACUGUUGCUGUCAUUAUGGGCGUUUUGCUGCUAAUCACAAAGCUGGUAGUAGAAUAUAUAUUGGAAGUUCCCAUUUUGUGGGCUUUUCCAAAAUGGUGGCCUCCUCAGGUCCAGACAAGAGGAAAUCCUCUUGGGGAGUUCCCAGGCCAUGGGGCCAAGAGGAGCCAGUACAGGGGACCUAGAGCUGCCAGCACCAACCGUAAUUCCUGUUGCCUAUUUUCUCUAUUCUAAUAAAGCAGAGUUUGACACA